CGUCUCCGGGGCCAAUGAAUGGAAACCAGCAAACCGCUCUGGCGGAGGCGGCCGACGGCGAUAGGUUCCCCCCGUCAGCCAAUCGGGAGCGAGGAGAGGCCCCCGCCCGUAGCAGGGGCGGUGUCUCUCUCGACGCCGGUUGCUCAACUUGGACUCGGCAAGCCGGCCCCGGGGAGCGCGGGAGCCCCGCCUUGGAGCCGCUUUUGCGCGCCAGUCUCGCGGCCCGCCCCACCCCAGGCAGACCCGCAGGGUUCGGCGAGGGAUUCUCCCCCGUGGGUACCAAGCAUCCCUGAGCCCUGUGGAACCCCUCGCGGACACACGCAACUGAGACCAGAGGUGCGGGAGGGCCGCCAAACCCACGCUGCCCCGUGCGUCCCAGCGCUGGCGGGCGGACUCAGGUGGGGUGGCGCGGCGAGGGCCCCGGCCACACGGCUCCGCGCACACGGACGCAGCCCCAGGAGGAGCCAGAAGCCAGCGGUCCCGCGGCAGGGCCCCGGGGAAGGGCGGUCCAGUGGUCCAGGCCCUCCGAGGCGAGCCGGCGGCCGACGAAAGACCCUCCCCAGCGUGAGCUGCGAGGAUCCCGCCCUCUUUCUCGGGGCAGAGCCAGAGGAAAAAGGAAACAACCCCAUCUUCUCUCCCGGGGCACCAUUUUUAUUUAUUUUAAACAAUAAGAUAUGUGCAGGCAGCUUCCAGGGAGGGCAGAUCCAGGUUAUCACUUAUUAACGCCUCUAGUUUAAACAGAUCAGAGUCCAGGAGGGCCGUUCAAAAGCGCAAGAGCCUGUUAAAGCACCUCCGAGGAGGCCCAGGCGACACUCCGGGCAUUGUGUGCCCACCCGCGUGAAGGGUUUCGGCUUGAGACUCCAGGCUGGUCCCAAGCCGGGCGUGAGGAGGGGGGGCAGCCCCUUCCCCCCAUCUGCCCACUCAGCCUUUGCCCCUGACGUGUGGGUACAGCAACGGUAACUGGCCUUCUAAACAUAGCUAUUCUUUAAUAUUACACUGACCCACAAGAAACAUUUGUACAGUCCUCAGUUCAGCAGAUAAGGAGGAGAUGCAGCUGUCCAAAGAGUAAACAGACUGCAAUUGGAAAGACUCAGCCGCAUCCCAAAGCACAUACAAUGGUGGGAGUUCUUUCUUUGUGGAGUUCACAUUAAUUAGGAGCUACAACUGCUUCAGGAAGAAGCUGAAGUAGCCUAUAACCAGUUAAUUUGUGUGAGAUUCAUUAAAAAAAAAAACUGGAAGUUAAAUUGAUUUUAUAUUCAUUCUUGAAAAUUCACCAAAGGUAUCUUUGUACUUGAAGUGCUAGUGCAAGACAACUACCUAAGAUCUUUUGACUCAGCCCUUAAAUGCUUGGAAGACUGGAAGUGGAGUGGACUGUAUCCACCUCUCUCUUUAAUGUCUGAGCUUGUAUUACUCAUGUAUGUUUUUAAGGUCCUAGAUGGACUAUCCAGUUUGUUACAAUAAUACAAAGAUUAGGUUAACAGGAGUCCCAGGAACAUAUUUCAUCAAAGCACACACUUGUUUUAAAUUCCAGCUGUUAGAUUUGUUUGAUAGUGCCAGAUAAGCAUGGACUAGUAUUUAUGGAAAAUAAACAAUUUAUUCCAUGCUUUAGAAGUAGAUAUUUCCUUAGGUCUCAGUUUUAAUACGGGCAAAUACAGUCAACCCAGAAGCCAUGGUUCAAUUGAUUUUGGAAGCAAGCUGAACAGACACAAUUUGUUUUUAUGAAAAAUUACUAAAAGUGUUACAUGAUCAACAGGUUGUAAAAUUUACAGUGGUAUUGAGAAGUGCAAAUAUUACCAAAUGAAUGAAUGAAGAACAUUUCUCCGAAUGGCUUUUGUUCUACAACAGGCACAUUUAAAAUAAAUCCAUAAUUUUUGAUGUUUCCAUUUUGCAUACCACAGAGGCCAAAAGAAAGAAUACAUUUCUUUUUUAGAACUAAAGUUAUAUUUAAAAAAAAGAAAAAAAUGCUUUUAAAAAGUUAAACCUAACCAUAAACUUAAAGAGAAAUUUUACCAAAACGUUCUUACAAGGCUGAGCUCUUAAUUCAGUUCCAAAUACUGUAACACAAAAACACGUCUGUCCCCCUAUUUUAUAAAGUAACAACAUUUCAUUAAAUUAAACGUGAAUGAAAUUAUUGUGAAAGCGUGUUUAUGUUUAAAAUGUUGGAUUCGCUUGGCAGGAAAGAAAAACCUGUAAGGAAGAACAGUUGCAUUUAAAAUGGAUGAUCUGACACCUUCCGGUUUCUUAACACAAAAUUACUAAGUAAGUUCCCUUUAAAAGACAAAAUGUAAAUACUCUUUAUAUCAUGCAACAAUUCCCAUGUUUAAGUCUACCAUUCAUCUUUUAAAUGAAAAAUACACAUUUCAAAAUGCUAACAAUGGUUUUGACAGAGAAGCAAGCUUGUAUCAAUUAAUUACCGAAGAUGUUUCCAGUGUAAAUCAUAAUAUUUCUUCUAUUCAGGAUACCUUUUUUCUACCAGUAAGAGUACCAAGUCAUUAAAGAUUCUUGUCUAUAUUUUCAUGUUAUAUAGAAUUUUUCACUUAAAAAAUUAGAAUUUUAUAUCUUUUCCAUACAAUACCUUUUAAAAUAUACCUGUUAAAAACACACAAGUAUCUGGUGCAAAUGAAACCUUUGAGUGGAGUACACAAUCUUUAAACGAUAGUUGGAGAUUUCCACUAGAACCCCAGCCCUGCCUUCGUUUCCGUAUUGCUCGUCUCCAGUUCACAUUUUGUUGGCCCACAAAGGCUCCACCGGGCCCAAAUCCUCCCCAGACAACCACCAUUGUACUCAUUACAUAUAGAGAAAAUUAUGUAUGGCUCUCAUGGCCAAAUCCAGGCAGAAAAGAGGCAGAAAGAGACUCGAACAAUUUUUCAAAUGCGAAUACCACCUAGGGGUAAUGCAGGACGGUCUUCCAGUUUUAAGUCUCAAGUUCUCCAACUAAAAUUACUUAAAUAAAAGUACCAGCCUACUCCACUCCUCCCCCUUUAAAAACUACAGGAAGAGAGGGUUUCCCUUUACCGACUUUUCCCACUUUGACUUCUCUCCUCCAGCGGCCCAGGCCCCCGACGACCCCAGCCCAUAGCCAGAAAUCUCCGCCCCUGCACUCCCCUCCCCCACCAGUGGCCAAGCCCGCCCCCGGCCUCAUUUAUCCUGGAGCCUUUUCUGAAUCGCGCAACCAAUGGCAAACGCGAAGCCGAGAGCCACCGCGAGCGCAGGCGGAGGCGGAGGAGGUGUCGCCCAGACACCCGCCCAGGACGCUGCGGGAUCCCAUCCCCCACCACUCCGGGCCCGGGCCACCCCCACUCGCGCGGUGCCCGGGGCCCGAGAAGGGCGCACAGGGUAGGGCGCGUCGCCCGCCUGUCUUGCCCCCACCCCCUGCCCCCCUCACCCACUCCCCCACCCCUCUUCGCAGGGUUUCCGUCCCUGCCAGCCUUAGAAACGUGCCUGCGGCUUUGCUGGGGUUACACUUCUAAUGCCAUUAAAGCCACCAGGCCAGUUCGGGAUUGUGACUCUGGUUUUGUUGUUAAUAACCUAUUUUGAAAAAUCGAAUGAUUAAAACUACGGUAACUAGAGCUGAGGAACUGCCUGUUAGUACCUCUACCCAUUUCCUCAUUAAAAAAAAAAAAUCAAUAUUCCAGCCCUCCCUCCCAGGAUCCGCCCAGACCAGAUAACCCUUUACAAACUCGAGUUGUGACCGUCAGCGCCCCGCUUGGUGCCGGCUGCGGUUCCUUUAGCAUUUUCCUUCUUCCUCCUCCCCCUUCUCAGAGUCCCUCUCCCAAUCUCGUUUCCCCUCCCCCUCUUCCUCUCGCUCGCUUUUUUUCUCCGAAACCCACUCUAAUUGAGGCUCUGGGAUUCCUCACGUGAGACGUUGAUUUGUAGUUUGAACACGUGGCUCAUUCAAAAAGCCGGACACUCGGAGCGGAUUUUUUUCCGCCUCCUGCGCCUUCCUCCCUCCUCCUCCUCCUCCUCUCCCCUCCCUCCUGCCAGUCACCCUUCUGGGUUUUUUAUGGGGAGGCGGCGCCUGCCUCACGUAGUGUGAUAUUUUCACAGUCCGCUGGCCGAAGCCAAAGGGGUUGGGAAGGAAGAGACAAAAAGUAGUUUUUUUCCCCUCCUCCUCCUCCUUUCUCUUGCUAAUCCCGCCUCCUCCUAAGACUUAGGAAGACUGGUGGAUGCGUUUGGGUUGUAGCUAGGCUUUUUCUUUUCUUUCUCUUUUAAAACAUAUCUAGACAAGGAAAAAACAAGCCUCGGAUCUGAUUUUUCGCUCCUCGUUCUUGUGCUUGGUUCUUACUGUGUUUGUGUAUUUUAAAGGCGAGAAGACGAGGGGAACAAAACCAGCUGGAUCCAUCCAUCACCGUGGGUGGUUUUAAUUUUUCGUUUUUCUCGUUAAUUUUUUUAAACAACCACUCUUCACAAUGAACAAACUGUAUAUCGGAAACCUCAGCGAGAACGCCGCCCCCUCGGACCUAGAAAGUAUCUUCAAGGACGCCAAGAUCCCGGUGUCGGGACCCUUCCUGGUGAAGACUGGCUACGCGUUCGUGGACUGCCCGGACGAGAGCUGGGCCCUCAAGGCCAUCGAGGCGCUUUCAGGUAAAAUAGAACUGCACGGGAAACCCAUAGAAGUUGAGCACUCGGUCCCAAAAAGGCAAAGGAUUCGGAAACUUCAGAUACGAAAUAUCCCGCCUCAUUUACAGUGGGAGGUGCUGGAUAGUUUACUAGUCCAGUAUGGAGUGGUGGAGAGCUGUGAGCAAGUGAACACUGACUCGGAAACUGCAGUUGUAAAUGUAACCUAUUCCAGUAAGGACCAAGCUAGACAAACCAAUUUAGUCAUGAAGGCUUACAUUUGGGCUUCAUCCAUAUUUAUUUCAUUAAGAGCACUAGACAAACUGAAUGGAUUUCAGUUAGAGAAUUUCACCUUGAAAGUAGCCUAUAUCCCUGAUGAAAUGGCUGCCCAGCAAAACCCCUUGCAGCAGCCCCGAGGUCGCCGGGGGCUUGGGCAGAGGGGCUCCUCAAGGCAGGGGUCUCCAGGAUCCCUGUCCAAGCAGAAACCAUGUGAUUUGCCUCUGCGCCUGCUGGUUCCCACCCAAUUUGUUGGAGCCAUCAUAGGAAAAGAAGGUGCUACCAUUCGGAACAUCACCAAACAGACCCAGUCUAAAAUCGAUGUCCACCGUAAAGAAAAUGCAGGGGCUGCUGAGAAGUCGAUUACUAUCCUCUCUACUCCUGAAGGCACCUCUGCGGCUUGUAAGUCUAUUCUGGAGAUUAUGCAUAAGGAAGCUCAAGAUAUAAAAUUCACAGAAGAGAUCCCCUUGAAGAUUUUAGCUCAUAAUAACUUUGUUGGCCGUCUUAUUGGUAAAGAAGGAAGAAAUCUUAAAAAAAUUGAGCAAGACACAGACACUAAAAUCACGAUAUCUCCAUUGCAGGAAUUGACGCUGUAUAAUCCAGAACGCACCAUUACAGUUAAAGGCAGUGUUGAGACAUGUGCCAAAGCUGAGGAGGAGAUCAUGAAGAAAAUCAGGGAGUCUUAUGAAAAUGAUAUUGCUUCUAUGAAUCUUCAAGCACAUUUAAUUCCUGGAUUAAAUCUGAACGCCUUGGGUCUGUUCCCACCCACUUCAGGGAUGCCACCUCCCACCUCAGGGCCCCCUUCAGCCAUGACUCCUCCCUACCCGCAGUUUGAGCAAUCAGAAACGGAGACUGUUCAUCUGUUUAUCCCGGCUCUAUCAGUCGGUGCCAUCAUCGGCAAGCAGGGCCAGCACAUCAAGCAGCUUUCUCGCUUUGCUGGAGCUUCAAUUAAGAUUGCUCCAGCGGAAGCACCAGAUGCUAAAGUGAGGAUGGUGAUUAUCACUGGACCACCAGAGGCUCAGUUCAAGGCUCAGGGAAGAAUUUAUGGAAAAAUUAAAGAAGAAAACUUUGUUAGUCCUAAAGAAGAGGUGAAACUUGAAGCUCAUAUCAGAGUGCCAUCCUUUGCUGCUGGCAGAGUUAUUGGAAAAGGAGGCAAAACGGUGAAUGAACUUCAGAAUUUGUCAAGUGCAGAAGUUGUUGUCCCUCGUGACCAGACACCUGAUGAGAAUGACCAAGUGGUUGUCAAAAUAACUGGUCACUUCUAUGCUUGCCAGGUUGCCCAGAGAAAAAUUCAGGAAAUUCUGACUCAGGUAAAGCAGCACCAACAACAGAAGGCUCUGCAAAGUGGACCACCUCAGUCAAGACGGAAGUAAAGGCUCAGGAAACAGCCCACCACAGAGGCAGAUGCCAAACCAAAGACAGAUUGCUUAACCAACAGACGGGCGCCGACCCCCUAUCCAGAAUCACAUGCACAAGUUUUUACCUAGCCAGUUGUUUCUGAGGACCAGGCAACUUUUGAACUCCUGUCUCUGUGAGAAUGUAUACUUUAUGCUCUCUGAAAUGUAUGACACCCAGCUUUAAAACAAACAAACAAAAAAAGGGUGGGGGAGGGAGGGAAAGAGAAGAGCUCUGCACUUCCCUUUGUUGUAGUCUCACAGUAUAACAGAUAUUCUAAUUCUUCUUAAUAUUCCCCCAUAAUGCCAGAAAUUGGCUUAAUGAUGCUUUCACUAAAUUCAUCAAAUAGAUGGCUCCUAAAUCCAAUUGUUAAAAUUGGAUCAGAAUAAUUAUCACAGGAACUUAAAUGUUAAGCCAUUAGCAUAGAAAAACUGUUCUCAGUUUUAUUUUUAUCUAACACUAACAUGAGUAACCUAAGGGAAGUGCUGAAUGGUGUUGGCAGGGGUAUUAAACGUGCAUUUUUACUCAACUACCUCAGGUAUUCAGUAAUACAAUGAAAAGCAAAAUUGUUCCUUUUUUUUGAAAAUUUUAUAUACUUUAUAAUGAUAGAAGUCCAACCGUUUUUUAAAAAAUAAAUUUAAAAUUUAACAGCAAUCAGCUAACAGGCAAAUUAAGAAUUUUACUUCUGGCUGGUGACAGUAAAGCUGGAAAAUUAAUUUCAGGGUUUUUUGAGGCUUUUGACACAGUUAUUAGUAAAAUCAAAUGUUCAAAGAUACGGAGCAGUGCCUAAUAUCUGGAGAGCAGCACUAUCAUUUAUUCUUUCAUUUAUAGUUGUGAAAGUUUUUGAUGGUACUAACAAAGUGGUCGCAGGAGAUUUUGGAACGGCUGGUUUAAAUGGCUUCAGGAGACUUCAAUUUUUUGUUUAGCUACAUGAUUGAAUGCAUAAUAAAUGCUUUGUGCUUUUGACUAUCAAUACCUAAAGAAAGUGCAUCAAUGAAGAGAUGCAGGACUUUCAACUGACUGGCAAAAAGCAAGCUUUAGCUUGUCUUAUAAGAUGCCUAGUUUGACAGUACACUUCAGACCAAUGGGACAGUCAUAGAUGGUGUGACAGUGUUUAAAGGCAACAAAAGGCUACAUUUCCAUGGGGCCAGCACUGUCAUGAGCCUCACUAAGCUAUUUUGAAGAUUUUUAAGCACUGAUAAAUUAAAAAAAAAAAAAAAAACCACCUUUAGCAAAGUAUAACAGGAUUUCUGUAUACUGUGCAAUCAGUUCUUUGAAAAAAAAGUCAAAAGAUAGAGAAUACAAGAGAAGUUUUUGGGAUAUAAUUUGAAUGACUGUGAAAACAUAUGACCUUUGAUACCGAACUCAUUUGCUCACUCCUUGACAGCAAAGCCCAGUAUGUACAAUUGUGUUGGGUGUGGGUGGUCUCCAAGGCCACGCUGCUCUCUGAAUUGAUUUUGAGUUUUGUUUGUAGGAUGAUCACAGUCAUGUUACACUGAUCUAAAGGACUUAUAUAUAUAACCCUUAAAAAAAAUCACUCUGCCUCAUUCUUAUUUCAAGAUGAAUUUCUAUACAGACUAGAUGUUUUUCUGAAGAUCAUAUCAAUUAGACAUUUUGAAAAUGAUUUAAAGUGUUUUCCUUAAUGUUCUCAGAAAACAAGUUUCUUUUGUAGUUUUAACCAAAAAAGUGCCCUUUUUGUCACUGGAUUCUCCUAGCAUUCAUAAUUUUUUUUUUCAUACAAUGAAUUAAAAUUGCUAAAAUCAUGGACUGGCUUUCUGGUUGGAUUUCAGGUAAGAUGUGUUUAAGGCCAGAGCUUUUCUUAGUAUUUGAUUUUUUUCCCCAAUAUUUGAUUUUUUAAAAAUAUACACAUAGGUGCUGCAUUUAUAUCUGCUGGUUUAAAUUCUGUCAUAUUUCACUUCUAGCCUUUUAGUAUGGCAAAUCAUAUUUUACUUUUACUUAAGCAUUUGUAAUUUGGAGUAUCUGGUACUAGCUAAGAAAUUUAUAAUUGAGUUUUGUACUCACCAUAUAUGGAUCAUUCCUCAUGUAUAAUGUGCCCCAAAUGCAGCUUCAUUUUCCAGAUACCUUGACGCAGAAUAAAUUUUUUCAUCAUUAAGGUGCA